AUGAAGACAGUAUUUUUCGCGAUAACGGUUGCCGCGUGUUUUGGUUUGGAAGUUGGUGCCUUGACGCAGUUUGAACAACAGUUUCUAGAUGCUCACAACACCAAGAGACGUGGCGUUAGUCCAACAGCGACUAACAUGAGAGAACUUAAAUGGAGUGCUGAGUUGGCAUCGGUGGCCCAAAAUUACGCAAACAAGUGCAUAUGGGGACACAAUGAAAACAAAUAUGAAGAAGCUCCUAGUUUCGAAAGAGUGGGGGAAAAUAUAGCUUGGCGUUCAGGCCAGACGGCUCCUUUAGAUGUCGUCACUAAUUGGGAUAAUGAGAAAAAUUUAUUCAACUAUUUCUCCAACUCGUGCACUGGAGAUUGCAGUCACUACACACAGGUGGUUUGGGCGGAAACUGAGUACGUGGGUUGCGCAGUGGCACACUGCUCUCCCCUGGAGGGAGUGAAUUGGGACCCAGCCUAUUAUUACGUCUGUAACUACGGAGAACGUGGAAAUAUGAAUGGAGAUCGGCCCUACGUUAACGGAAGUCCUUGUAGUCAGUGCCCCUCGGGUUAUACCUGUAAUGACAAACUCUGCAGCUCCUAA